AUGAACGCCGACGCAGAAACGGCGGAAAUGACGGAUGUCGCCGAUGAUGUCGCCGAUGAGGCCAAGAGAGCCUGUGUAACAACCGUCCUGGAUGUGUUCCCAGGAAUCUGUCCCGAUUUUCUCGACAAGACGGCUGCCAAAUUUCAGUACAACCCAGACAAAACAAUCGAAGACAUUCUGGGUCUGGAUGAAGAUGGCAAGCCUUACCCCAAGAGGUUUUACUUCAAGAUCCUGAAGCGCAAGAGAGAAGGGCCAGAGGAUCCCGAUGACGAGGCCACUAUUCUCCGUACAUACAACUAUCCCGGUCGAAUGAAGGAGUCAACUCGAGAGUACAUUGUCAUGGCAUACAGGAAGAAGCUGUUGAAGCAAGAGUUUCCAUCUGCAACUAUGAGUAGCAUUCUGAAGAUCUUUGCCAGCAAGGACAACCAGUUGCUGCCAGCAUACAUGGCCGUUGACGCUGCUAUGAAAGAGAACCAAUGGUCGCCAGGGAAGGUCUAUGUCAACAUUGCCUACAAAAAGUCGCCAACUUCAACAGACCCCCAAUAUGAGGGCAUUCAACUAGACAACACUAUACAGCUCACAAACAACCCAGAGGAGAAAAGGGCUUUGCAGGAACUUCAGGCUGCUCGUAAACUAUUGCUCAAGCGCAAGGAGGCAAUCGAAAAGGAGAAUGCAGAACGCCACAACCUUUUUUGGGCUAGAGAACUCGGUGAAGCCAAGGAGUCUACCACGCAAGUGCCCUUCUUCUAUCUUUUACGUGCCGUGGAGAAUACAGCUAACGUUGCAAAGUUCUUUUGUGUCGGCUGCGCCCAACAGGCUGCUGAAACUGCUGUUGGUCAAUCAAAGUACGAGCUGGCCUGCAUGUCCAUGGAUAUUUGCGAGGCUGGCUUCUCCCACCAGGAGCGUCAGAAGUUCCUUACCGAUCAACUCUCAUCAGCCCUGGAUCGCAUUGAAAAUGAGGCUGUCCUCCGAAUGGCUGGCAUAGAGAACCUGGAAAGAUGCCCCUUUUGCCCCUACGCUGCCGAAUACCCUCCAGCCAACACCAACCGAGAAUUCCGAUGCGACAACCCAGAUUGCCAGAAGGUCAGCUGUCGCCUCUGCAAGGAAGAAACACAUGUUCCAAAGACCUGCGAGGAGAACACACGGGAUAAUGGUAUCAAAGCUAAGCAUGAAAUUGAGGAAGCCAUGUCAGCAGCUAUGAUUCGCAAGUGCAACAAAUGUGGCACCCCUUUUAUCAAAGACGAGGGAUGCAACAAGAUGACCUGCGUUGCUGCCAAUUGUGCAAACAUACAAUGCUAUGUGUGCUCCCAAUCUUGCGACUACAGCCACUUCAAUGACCCAGCCAGAGGCGGAAAGCAAGGCAAUUGCCCUCUCUUUGACGAUGUGAAUGCACGUCACAACGCUGAAGUGCAGCGUGCAGAGGAAGAGGCUCGCCAGAAAGUCUUAGAGAGCAACCUCCAGAUCAACAGAGACAUGCUUAUGUUUGACAAGCCAGAACGCAAGCGUGCUAAACCAGUCGGCAAGCUAAUCCAUGAGCCAACACAUGGCCUCAAAUUAUCGGAGGAUAGGAUAGCAAUGCAACGCCCCCGGCUGAAGUAUGGUGAUUACGAAAAUCUGCCUGCAGUCCGAAAUCUGGUUGCAAACCGAGCUCUGGCGGCUCAAGCACAGGUGGCUGCACAGCCAGGCUAUGGACAACAACAUACUGUUGGCCAACUAGCCCUGCAGAGUAACGUUGGAAAACCUCAACAGCACGGAUACGACGUGCCUCCCUUAGGCCCAGGGGAUCGUCGACAGUCUCCGAGUCCCCGACAAGCUCCAGCUCCUCGACGCUCUCCGGGCCUUCAAGAAGCUCCAGGCCCUCUACAGGCUCCGCGGAUCCGAAAGCCAUUGACCCAUAAUGGGCCUCCGGCAGGGCCGCUUGUUGGAAAUCCUCAUCAAGUCCACGGCAGUGUCCGGUCUUCUCCAGAGAGGGCCGAAGACAUGAAUCGUUUCGCAACUCCUCAGUAUCAACCCCCGCCUCAGGCCCAGCAAGCACAGGCACCUGGACCCAGGCAGCCAGGCGACUUUCGAGGCUUGCACAACGUUGACGACCGGAGACAACUUUUGCAGAGAUCUGAUUCGCCGGAAGUCAAUCCGUUCAAGCGGCGAAUCAACUACCAACCACGACGAGCAUUGGUUAGACCAGACAACGAAGCCCGACCCGAGACCCCGAUGUCGCUGAUGGACUUGAGAAAGCCUAUGGAUCGCGAUAAGAGCGUCCAGCGCCUUCCGGAUCCCAUUCCAGCGCUGCAAGUCAGUCCACAACAAGAGAGCGCGAAUCGUGCACAAAGACUUCGAGGGUCUCUACAUGACGGUUGGUCAAUGGCCACUCAUGGUCGCAAUCAUCAGGGCGCGCAGCAAUCCCACAAUGGUGAGCGCAGUGUUGUGGCGAAUGUGUGUGCAGAAUAUCUUCGGAAACGGGAUGUCCGACAACUCGCCGCAGACGAUGAAGCCCCGACGGUGCCGGAUUGGACCUCGAUUUGGAGACAGGCAGUUGCUAAGGGCGAUGAACCCGAUCAUGCCACACGAGAGGAUUUCACCGGAGGGACCGAAGUAGGGUACGGCGCAGUGGACGUUCGGUCCCGAGCCCCCGAAGCUGCGGUGCCUGUGGCACACGUUCAGUCGCAGUCCAACGGCUUUAAUCUGAACGGUUUGUUGCAACCGCCGGCACCGAAUCGCCCCAACUGGCUGGUGGAAGCCAGACGCCGUGGAAUGGCACGUGGCAUGCUUGAACCCGCCGGUGGAAAUUCCAAGGACAAGCCUUUUGUUCUAGACUAA